AAGAUUAUCUCACUCUCACCUCCAUUUAUCUCGUCUUCUCUCAUUUUUCUUUCUUGAUUGGUUUAGAGAUUGAGAAAAGAAAAAAGAAGUGAAAAACUGCUUGUCAUUAAUGACCUGCUUGGAGGAGUUGACCGUUGGAAGCGCCUCCGCAUCUGCUCCGUCAGCUUGUCGAUGGAAAUACGAUGUGUUUUUGAGUUUCAGGGGCGAAGAUACCCGCAAGGGUUUCACAGACCAUCUCUACGAUAAAUUGAAGUGGCGUGCAAUCAAAACUUUCAGGGACGACCCAGAACUUCAAAGAGGAACUAGUAUUCAUCCUGAGCUUCUUAUGGCAAUUCAACAAUCACGAUUUGCAAUUGUUGUUAUUUCGCCAAACUAUGCUGCUUCCACAUGGUGCUUGGUUGAACUGACAAAGAUUCUUCAGUCCAUGGACGAGAGUGAGACCAUCCUGCCAGUUUUUUACGAUGUUGAUCCCUCGGAUGUCCGGCAUCAAAAGGGGAGUUUCGCCGAGGCCUUCUUUAAACAUGAGGAGAAGUUCAGGGAAGACAUAGAGAAGGUGCAAGGUUGGAGAGAUGCUUUAACAAAAGUGGCUAAUCUUGCAGGGUGGACGUCAAAGGAUUACAGGUACGAAACGGAACUUAUCAAAGAAAUUGUGGAAGUAGUGUGGAACAAAGUUCAUCCUACAUUGACGCUGAUAGAUUCUUCGGAGAUGUUAGUCGGAAUUGAAUUUAGAUUAAAGGAAAUAUGUUUCCUUUUGGAUAUAGCGGAAAAUCAUGUUUGCUUUAUAGGGAUAUGGGGGAUGGGAGGGAUUGGUAAGACAACCCUUGCUAGACUUGUUUAUGAAAAAUUCUCUCAUAACUUUGAAGUUAGCAUCUUUCUUGCUAACGUCAGAGAAAUUUAUGCAAAACAUGGUUUAGUACAUCUACAAAAGCAACUGCUUUCACAAAUCUUGAAAGAGAAGGACGUACAAGUUUGGGAUGUUUAUAGCGGGAUUACAAUGGCAAAGAGUUUUUUGUGUAACAAAAAAGCUCUUCUCAUUCUUGAUGAUGUAGACCAAUUAAACCAACUAGAAAAGUUGGUUGGAGAAAAAUACUGGUUCGGUUUAGGGAGCAGAAUCAUCGUGACCACUAGAGAUAGACAUUUGCUGGUCGCACAUGGCAUAGAGAAACAAUAUGAAGUUGUAGAAUUAGAUGAGGAUGAAGCUUAUCAGCUCUUUAAUUGGAAAGCAUUCAAAGAAGAUGAGCCUCAGGAAAAAUAUUUGGAGCUCUCUAAGCAGUUCGUUAAGUAUGCUAGAGGUCUUCCAUUAGCUCUUAGAACUUUGGGGUCUUUUUUGUAUAAAAGAGAUCCAUAUGCAUGGAGUAGUGCAUUGAACAAACUGAAGCAAACUCCUAAUAGAACAGUUUUUGAAAUGCUAAAAAUAAGUUAUGAUGGACUAGAUGAGAUGGAGAAGAGAAUUUUCCUUGAUAUUGCUUGUUUCCAUAAGUGGUCUGACAAAGAGCGAGUAAUUGAAGUACUAGACAGUUGUGGAUUUUGCGCUCGUAUUGUGAUAGAUGUUCUUGUUGAGAAGUCUCUCUUAACUAUUUCUGGCAAGAGUGUCUGUAUGCACGAUUUGAUACAAGAAAUGGCAUGGGAGAUUGUUCGAGGUGAGUCUUUUGAAGAGCCCGGUGCGCGAAGUCGUUUGUGGCUUCGUGAUGACAUAUUUCAUGUGCUCACAAAGAAUACGGGAAAAAAAGCAAUUGAAGGCAUUGUCUUACGCUUGCGUGAAUUUGAAGAGGCACACUGGAAUCCUGAAGCCUUCUCUAAGAUGUGUAAUUUAAAGUUGCUUGACAUUGAUAAUUUGAGACUUUCUGUUGGCCCCAAAUAUCUUCCUAAUGCCUUGAGAUUUCUCAAAUGGAGUUGGUAUCCCUCCAAAUUUCUGCCGCCAGGUUUUCAACCAAAUGAACUGACUGAACUUAGUUUGCCCCAUAGCAAAAUUGAUUACCUUUGGAAUGGAAUAAAGUACUUCAGAAAGUUGAAAUCUAUCGAUCUUAGCUACUCGCAGAACUUGACAAGGACUCCAGAUUUCACAGGUCUUCAAAAUCUUGAGAGGCUAGUUCUUGAAGGCUGCACAAAUUUAGUUGAGAUUCAUCCAUCCAUUGCAUCUCUCAAAUGUCUCAGAAUUUUGAAUUUUAGAAACUGCAAAAGUAUUAAGAUUCUCCCAAAUGAAGUAAAGAUGGAAACUCUUGAAGUAUUUGAUCUUUCUGGCUGCUCAAAAGUUAAGAAGAUUCCAGAAUUCGGUGGACAGAUGAAAAAUGUAUCAAAGCUUUAUUUAGGUGGGACUGCUGUUGAGGAGCUGCCUUUAUCAUUUAAAGGUUUGAUUGAGAGUUUAGAAGAACUUGAUUUAACGGGAAUUUCUAUAAGAGAGCCACUUUCCUCGAUCGGUCCUAUGAAAAAUCUCGACCUAUCAUCCUUUCAUGGAUGUAAUGGUCCACCACCUCAGCCACGGUUCUCAUUCCUCCCUUCUGGCUUAUUCCCACGGAACAGUCUUAGCCCUGUGAAUCUGGUGUUAGCUUCUUUAAAAGAUUUCCGUUCUUUAAAGAAACUAGAUCUAAGUGACUGCAACCUUUGUGACGGAGCCCUUCCCGAAGAUAUUGGCUGUUUGUCCUCUUUAAAAGAAUUAAAUCUUGGAGGAAACAAUUUUGUUAGCCUUCCCACAAGCAUUGGUUGUCUUUCUAAGCUUAGUUUUUUCAACUUGAACAACUGCAAAAGGCUUCAACAAUUACCAGACCUUCCGUUAAACAACAGAAUAUAUUUAAAAACGGACAAUUGUACUUCCUUACAAAUGUUGCCAGGUCCACCAGAGCUGUGCAGAUUACGCCGGUUUGUCUUCUCUUCUGUCAAUUGCUUGAGACUAGUUGGUUAUCAAGGUUCGAACAAUAUUAUAUAUUCAAUGCUAAAGCGAUUCCUACAGGAAAUCCCUCAUUUUGUUGACCGGUUUAGUAUUAUAAUUCCUGGAAGUGAAAUCCCUGAGUGGUUCACUAAUCAAAGUGUUGGACACUCACUAACUGAAAAGCUACCUUUGCAUGCUGGAAAUAGCGAGUGGAUGGGGUUUGCUUUAUGUGCUGUUUUUGUAUCUCACGAGAAUCCAGCUGUUGUUCGUGAAGUAGAUUAUUUGCAAACUUAUGCAAAUGAAAUUUGUUGUCAAUGGAAAAUUCCUGGUUCUCAGUUUGAGGGUGUGUCUUUUUAUAAUCGUUUAGACCACGUUGUAUCAGAUCACCUUUUGUUAGUCCUUUUGUCUAGGCAGCACUAUAAUUUUUUGGAGGAGAAACACUCUCAGAUUAAGUUUGGUUUCAAAACCAGACGUGCUGUUGGAAACAAGAAAUGUUUGAAGGUGAAGAAAUGUGGAGUCCGUUCAGUGUACGAGCAAGAUGUGGAAGACCUCAACAGAACAAUGAACCUGUCCAACAACAACAAUUCUCUUCAUGAGGCUGUGCACAUUCCACAUUGUGAUUUUUGACGUAUCAGCAAACAUACAAACUGCCUCUGUUAAGUGAACAUAAGAAUCCAGGAACGAGGCAGGAUCGAGCAGAAGUGGUAACUUCGACAAGGAAGGAAGCACUCCGGAAAAGAUUAAAAGAAGGGACAUGUCUCUGUAUCCAUUUGGAAUCUUUUGUUCUUGUAACUUCGUAUGUUAUGAUCCUAUGGAGUGAAUCAUUCUUUCCCUGA